UGGACUCUUUUUGAUUUUGCUACUACAGACUAACACGGCUAACUCCUCUGGAUCACAGUUCUCUGCGUGUUGGGGAAAUAAAACGCCCUCCCGCGAGGGCCCUCUUUUGCUAACGGUGCCGGCAACCACAAAGCCAACCCCGCUCAGCUGGUCGGCGCGGAGCUCUUUAACCCUGCCCGGGUGACGCGUUGCCGUUGCCGCAGGACUCCGGAUGGGCGAGCCGUCAUGGACGUGCAAGUGGCGCCGCUGAGAUCCUGGGACGACUUCAUCCCCGGCCACGACCGCUUCGCGCUGCCGGAUUUCAAAGACGUUUCCAAAUGGAACAACCGGGUCGUCAGCAAUCUGGUUUAUUACCAGACCAAUUAUCUGAUCGUGGCCGCCACCGUGAUCUCCAUAGUGGGAUUUCUGAGUCCACUGAACAUGAUCCUUGGUGGCACUGUGGUAGUCCUGGUGUUUACAGGCUUUGUGUGGGCAUCCCACAACAAACAGUUUAUUCGCAAGUUUAAGAAGCAGUAUCCAGCCACAUUUGUCAUAGCCAUCAUUCUGUCAAGCUAUUUCCUGAUAUCCUUUUUUGGAGGUGUCAUGGUGUUCAUAUUUGGAAUCACAUUUCCUCUGCUGUUGAUGUUUAUUCAUGCUUCUCUGAGGCUUCGGAAUAUAAAGAACAAACUGGAAAAUAAGAUGGAAGGUGUAGGGCUGAAGAAGACUCCAAUGGGUAUCGUCCUGGAUCUUCUUGAACAACAAGAAGAAGGCAUUAACAAACUAGCUGACUACCUAGCUAAAGUGAAGGAAUAAAUCUGCAUGCUGCUCAGUGUUUUUUUUUAUUGGCAAAUUGGUUGGUCUUGUCCAAGCUAACUUAUCAGUGUAUGCUGGGGGAUGGGGGGGGCGGGGGAAUACAAGAGACUAUAAAGAUAAAAUAUAUCACCUGCUCUUCAGAGCUGUUCUGACCAGGGUGGGGAGGAGAUAGUAACUUUUCUGUAACAUGUUAAAAUGCUUCUGACUCAAAUGCAUUUGGUAGUUCAUAGCACUCGCUUGUUUUCAGGGAAACAAUGGGGAAGAAAUGCUUUCUCUAAAAACCCUUUCCUCCUUUUAGUUUUUUUUUCUGAAGUGUAUACUUUACUCGAUAAUGCACUAAACGCAAGCAGUCCCUUUUUUAACUGCCUGUCUAACAAAGGCACUGUUACCUACAUCCAAAACUACUAAGGCUGGAGACUAUUAAUUUUAAAUGGACCUCUUUAAUGCUCUUUGUUUCCAAAUAGAGAAGUGGCGGGGGGGGGGGGACCUUGGUUUAGCCACAUAAGGUACAUUUUGUUAAUUGUGACAAAUCUGUAUCUUUCUCCUGUUUACAAAGCAGCUUUUUUCUGAUUCCAGGUCUGCUUAGAUAAUAUCUAACAAAUAGACAUUCCUUAAGUACACCGAUGCAGAAUCAUAGUAACAUUGGCCCCGGUGGGGGGGAGGGGGUAAUAGCAAGAAGAAUGCUGUUUUGUGCAUGCCACAUCCAACUGUUACAUAGAUGCUUUAGUAUACAUGUAGUGGGACAUGUUAGGUAUUUAAAAUUACUCUGCCAGUGCUAGUUAUCUGCUAUUUAACAGAAUUAUGGCUUUUAAGAAGUUUUGGUCACCAUUGGUAUAUUUAUAGAAAUACCUUUUACACAAUAAAUGAACUGGAAAUACCUUCCUCAGAUUCUCUAAUUUUGUUUGUCCAUGCAUCAUACUAGCAGUGAAGGUAUCUAGGCUUUUCCCCUAUGGGGGUGGGCAUUCUAGGCCACCCUUUACACAUAUUUCAUGCACCUUUUAUUAUUAAUUUUCUUUUUUGCGUCAAAGGCAGCUAUAUAGUUCUGCCUUCAGUAACAGCUGAAUUUUAGGGGGGAAAGAUGUGUUCCAUUAUUGCUUCCUGCUUCUAUUUUUUACUCCUUUUCUGAUGCAGUUUGUGCAGUGACUACUCUUAUUUCCAGAAGAGAAACUCCUAAUGUGAUUUUUAGGCCUAGUUAGGCUGAUGCCUUUUUGCCUCCCCCCUUGCUUCCUCAGAAUUGAGACUUGCAACAUCUCAUUCCAUAUAUAAAUUAUAAAAUGAACAGUAUUUUGUUGAGGAUAUGUUUUCAAUGUAUUCUAUAUUUUUU